UACAACGUAUAUUAUUCUAGUGAACAAAAGCGGCUUUUAAAAGCACAGCAAAAGCAGAAGGAUAAAGAAAAGAAAGAGGCGGAACGUGCAGCUGCAGCUGCAGCUGCCCCGAAUAAGAAGUCGAAAGAUGUUGAUCCAUCAGAUCCACAGGAAUAUUACAAUAUGCGUACUUCUAUGAUUGAGGAGAGAAGAUCAAAGGGAGAGAAUCCCUUCCCUCACAAAUUCAACGUUUCCAUCUCGUUAGCUGAUUUUAUUGAAAAGUAUAGUCAUUUGGAGAAAGACGUUGCUUUGGAGGAUACCGUGGUUAGCGUUGCUGGACGUUUGUUCUCAAAACGAGAGGCAGGUGGCAAAUUGAUCUUUUACGAUCUUCAUGGCGAAGGUCUUCAGUUACAAGUUUUAGCGAAUGCUAGGUACCACAAAGGGAAGGAUCAAUUUGCCGAUUUGCAUGAAAAAAUAAAACGAGGUGAUAUUGUCGGUGUAAUUGGCCAUCCGGCACGUUCGAAGUCUGGGGAACUCAGCAUAAUUCCUAAUGACGUCGUACAGCUUACUCCUUGUUUAUACAUGUUGCCGCACACGCAUUUUGGGUUAAAGAACCAGGAAACAAGGUACCGGAUGCGCUAUUUGGAUCUUAUCAUGAACCCGAAGGUAAAAGAGAAGUUUAUUGUAAGGGCAAAAAUAAUAUCUUUUUUGAGGCGGUAUUUGGAUCGUCUUGGUUUUUUGGAAGUUGAAACUCCCAUGAUGAAUCAAAUCGCUGGUGGCGCCACUGCGAAACCAUUUAUUACUCAUCACAAUGAGCUUGAUAUGGACUUGUUCUUACGAGUUGCUCCAGAAUUAUAUCUGAAAAUGCUUGUAGUUGGAGGUUUUGAUCGUGUUUAUGAAAUAGGGCGUCUGUUUCGGAAUGAGGGUAUCGACUUAACGCACAACCCUGAGUUUACCUCUUGCGAAUUUUAUAUGGCAUAUGCAGAUUACGAAGAUCUUAUGAAAAUCACUGAAGACUUAGUUUCAAAAAUGGUUUAUUCUAUUCAUGGGACGCAUAAACUUACUUAUCAUCCUGAUGGUCCUGGUGGUGAUACCGUUUAUGAGGUCGACUUCACUCCCCCGUUUAGACGUGUAAAUAUGUAUGAGGGACUUCAAAAAGUACUUGGAAUAGAAUUCCCUCCUCCAGAUCAACUUGACACUCCAGAGGUGAAUGCAUUCUUUGAUAAGCUUGCUGUUGAGAAGGAAGUUGAGUGCCCACCUCCCAGAACAACAGCCCGUUUACUGGACAAACUUGUCGGUGAGUUUCUGGAGUCAACUUUUGUCUCUCCUACAUUCCUAAUUGGCCAUCCGCAAGUGAUGUCGCCGCUGGCAAAGUGGCACCGGUCGAUUCCCGGCUUAACUGAGAGGUUUGAACUUUUUGCCGUCAAGCGAGAGAUCGCCAAUGCUUAUACAGAACUGAACGACCCGCUCACUCAAAGAGCUCGUUUCGAACAGCAAGCGAAGGACAAACAGGCUGGCGAUGAUGAAGCACAGUUGAUUGAUGAAAACUUCUGCACAGCAUUAGGUUACGGACUUCCGCCAACGGCUGGCUGGGGCAUGGGCAUUGACCGUCUGGCAAUGCUUCUUACUGACAGUAAUAAUAUCAAGGAGGUGAUUCUUUUCCCUGCAAUGCGACCGGACGAGCAAAAAGCGGGCUGCAUUCCUGUUGACGAUGAGUAG